AUGAGAAGCGGCAAGGAAGGUUACGAAGGACUGGUGGAAGCAGCAACAAUGGCGUCGCGAAGAUUCAAUUCAAUCCAACAGAAAGGAGUUGUUAUUGAUACGCUUAAAGCGGCACUCCCUGCUCCGCUUCUUCUUUUGAUAAAGAAAACGGUGCCACCGUCCAAAUUUUCAAGAGAGCUCUUUCCCGCCUUCACAACUAUUUUUUUCGCAUGGCUAAUUGGUCCUUGCCAGGUGAAAGAAUCAGAGGUUGAAGGGAGAAAAGAGAAGAAUGUUGUGUAUGUGCCAAAAUGUAGGUUUCUGGAGGAGACGAAUUGUGUAGGAAUGUGCACUAAUCUUUGCAAGAUGCCUUCUCAAUCGUUCAUUAAGGACUCUCUUGGAAUGCCCAUCACUAUGGUCCCCAACUUUGAAGAUAUGAGUUGUGAAAUGAAAUUUGGUGUGGAGCCUCCUCCACAAUCCUUGGAUCCAGCGUUCACUCAGCCAUGCUACAAGCAAUGCAAGGCCAUUAAAAGAAACCACAACUGCGGAAGCUAAUGGGGAACGCGGCUUCCAACUUAAAACAAUGUUUAUAACUCUUUUCUCUCGCCUUUUGAUCCUUCUAACUCUGUAAAACUUUUUUUUUCUUUGGCAUAUCAAUAUUGGAAAUUACUCUUCUA